GGCGAGGAAUGGUUGGAUUCCGCCUCCCGAUCUCUUUGCAGUACCUAGGUACAUGCUACCGGACCAGAUAUUUCCAGUUGCUAGGGUAUUUGGAUCAGCGUAAUUAGGUACCUAUUCACCUUCAGGCCACUUCGGUAUAUCGGUAGUCUUGGUGCCAGAAUGCGAGACGAGAAAUAGAUAGGCAAUCUUGAUAAUGUCGUCUAAUGCGGGCCUGGCAUCGCUCCCACAUCGGACGGUAUCUAGCAUUCGCGCCGGAGCCCAGUCGACUUCCGCACCCGGCCCUCCCCAAACCCCGGCACGGCCCAUAUCCUCAACCUUCGGUUCUCCCUCCAGCAGCUCGCGAAUCGACGACGACCCCAUUGUCAUCGAACUUGGUUCCCGAAAGCUACGUAUCGGCUUCGCUGGUGACGCCGCCCCGAAGAGGAUCGUCGCCUUUGGUCCGGAUCAGCAGAGACGCACCGGCGACUUCCGCGUGUGGGAGCCCGACUUCGCGAGCCGAUGGCGCGGUAGAGCUUCUGGAAAGCCAUGGGGUGCUGACCAUGAGCUAUGGACCCUAGAGACCAGAGGUCAAGACCUUGGUCUGAUCGGCGACAAGCUGGAACGAGAGCUGAGAGAUGCUUUCUUCAAAUACUUGCUAGUCGAUUCGAAAUCGAGGAGGGUGACCUUGAUCUUGCCUCCAACAUUGCCGAUCCCUUUGCUAUCAUCAACCCUCGACACCAUAUUCCACCACUUCCAGGCUCCCACUAUAUCCCUGCUUUCAUCGCCUGUUAUGACGGCGUUCUCGGCCGGCACUCGGUCGGCCAUGGUGAUAGAUCUGGGCUGGCACGAAACCACCGUUACUGCUGUCUAUGAAUACCGUGAGGUGCAAAGCUGGAGGACUAUCCGAGCUGGCAAAUUCCUCGUAGAAGAGACAUAUGAGUUCUUAUUACAAGCAGCCCACGGACAUCCACCCACGGCACGCGCCGAACGAAAUGAAGAUAAGCUCGGGGAUGACGCCGUUAGCUUCGAGGAGUGCGAGGAGGUUGCUAUUCGUAUGCUGUGGUGUAGGAGAGCCGCAAGACAGCCACCCCAAAAGACUGCUGAAGAAGGUUUACCUACGGUCCACGAACACGAAGAGGAGUCGGAAGAGGAGAUCCCACCGACUGAGGAUCACUCUCCCAUAACCAUCACCCUUGGCUCGUGCAAGCCCCCUAAAACGGUAGAAAUACCAUUUUCGCAGUUAGCCGAACCGUGUGAAAAUACUUUCUUCGAAACGCGACUCUCUCCGUCAUGCUUUGAUGAUCACGAGCUUCCAGUACAUCUCCUUGUCUAUCGAGCGUUGCUUCAGUUACCUCUAGAUGUGCGUGCUAUUUGUAUGUCGCGGAUUAUUUUUACCGGAGGAUGUUCAUCAGUCCCGGGACUCAAAGGUCGCAUCUUUGAUGAAGUCUCAAAUCUAGCAGAAGAGCAAGGCUGGGAUCCAAUCAGAGGCAAAGUGGUAAACCAGUUUAAGGCCAACCAAAAGCUCCACCGUGAUGCUAGCCGUCAAGGCAGUGACAGCGCUAUACCCGUUGUUGUACAUCCGGACACGACGAGCGCUGGCGGAGAAGCGACUGAGCCGCAGGUCAAGGCCGCAGAUGUACCCCAAGAGGUCGAUCAGGUGGAGAAUCUCAUUAAACGAGAACGAAACUACAAGCCUUCGGUCCAAGGUCAACUCCGGGCCAUCGACUCUCUUGGGCCGUGGUGCGGAGGGAGUCUGGCGACACAGAUGAAGAUCCCGGCACUGGCAAACAUAGACAGAGAUAUAUGGUUGUCACAAGGCGUCAAUGGGGCAUCUCGACCAAGUGAGGUGGAUGUCAAGGCCGGACAGAGACAGAGCAUGGGACCUACUGGGUUGAUGCGAGGUCAAACAGUCCAGCCGAAUAACUGGACAUUGGGUGUCUGGGGAUCACUGUUCUAAAUCUAACGAGCUGUUGCCCCUUUUUCAAGAUGGCUCGUUCAAAAUACUGUUCAUAGAUACCCUUUCUGCGCAUCAUGCUGCUGAUAAAUUUAGAUGAUUUCAAUUUGAUAAAAAGUUGCAUCAUUGCUAGUGCUUCACCAGUGUUCUCACAAUGCGAGUUAUUCCUACGACUUUGAUAUUGCCAAAGGCUUAGAUAAGGAAUGCC